AUACUAGUUUUAACAAAUAUAUCUGAUGUCGUGAUAUAAAAGAGAUUCUUUUCCGAAGUCUCCAUAUUGGUGGAAAUAUACAUGAAUCGUGUUCGUCAUGUCAGAAUUCAGUUAUCUCUGUGUUCCUCGGACGAUUCCAUUUCAAUACAAGACAAUUACUCAAGUCUUCAAUGAGAUAACAACACUGUUUCCAGAUAAAGAAAUUCUCAUUUACCGAGGUAUUGAGGGAACCCGGGAAAGCUUGACUUGUCAUCAACUUCAGACACAGGCAACAAAAUUAGCAGGUUAUCUCAUCAAGAGAGGAAUGAAGAAAGGAGAUAAAAUUGCUCUCCAUGGGCCAAACACUCUAGAAUGGGUGAUUGCAGAAUUAGCGAUAAUCAUGGCGGGAAGUGUUGUUGUUCAAGUGCCCUUCGACAUCACCGACGCCAGAGAUCUUUAUGAAAUAGCUACAAUUGCUGAGUGUAAGGCCUUUUUGCUAGAUCCUGGAAGAAAUAAUGAAUAUGUGGAUAUGAUUUUACAACUUAUUGCAUACACCAAGGAGGACUCAAAUCUUUCAACAUUUGCGUUUCUUAGAAAGAGCAAGCAGCUAACUUCCUAUGACUACCUCCCCGGGAUAUUGCAGUUAACCGAAAACGAUGUGGAAUUUCCUACACUCUACCCCGAGGAUGAAAUUGUGAUUUUCACGACAUCUGGAAGUACGGGAAAGCCUAAAAUGAUCCCUAAGACACACUUCCAAGCAACCAACAAUGGCAUGAUAUUCUCUGAGAAAACGUACAAUGAUCGCCCAUUUACGUGGUUAGCCGGAUGCCCCAUUUUCACAGUUUACCAAGGAUGCUCUCGAAUAUUCUGCGAUUCCUCAGUUGCCACCGAAGGACAUAGAACCAUGAAAAUAUGGGAGGUAAUCAAAGAAGAAGACUGCACAUCCGCGCUACUAUCACCUAACUUUCUUUCAUAUCUGAUCUCUCACGGAGACAAUUACAAAAACUUGUUCAAACUUGACACGGUCAUCACGAGUGGACAAAUGGUUGACAAUGUCCACACAAAGGUCGUUGGCGUAUUUACCAGGCGUUUGACAGUCGUAUACGGAUCUACUGAGACAAGUAGGAUAUCUGUACUUCCGCCGAUUACCACUCCUGGUGAAAAGAGAGCUGGUGACGUUGGAAUACCUAUAUCAGGUAAUGAAGUGAAGGUCAUUGAUGGAGCAGGAAAUGUUCUGAGAAAAGGGGAAAGCGGGGAACUUUGUAUUCGAAGUAUUUGUGGUUUUGAGAAAUAUUACAAGGACACAGAUUUAACUGACGAAGUCCUUUUGCCCGGAAAGUGGUUUCGUUCUGGCGACAUUGCGUACAUUAAUAAAGACAGUCACAUUGUUAUAAAGGGGCGGGUCAAGGAAUUCAUUUCCCGAGGCACAGAAAAAAUAAUGCCAAGUAGCAUUGAAGAAGUCAUUCAAAAAAAGAAUGGUGUAAAAAUUGCUAUUGCUGUUGGAGUACCUGACAAACGUUUAUACGAAGAAAUUUGCGUUUGUUAUGUUACGGAUCCAGGGCAGGAUAUUUUACCAUGCGAGGUAAAACAAUUUUGCAUUGAAAACUUCGUUGGGCAGGAAGCCAUGAUUGAUGAUAUUGGUAAAAUGCCAAAGUAUUUUCUCCGAUUCCAUAGUCUGCCGAUGCUUGCUACAGGAAAGAUUAACAAAAAGCGCUUGAAAAUGGAUGCCAUUCAACAGCUAAACCUGAUUGAUCAGAUGUAAGGCGAACGUUUGAUAUAAGAUUUAACUACUCAAGUUCAGUCCUGUAGAUUUAGUGAUUUGCUGAAAAGUGAAUCAUUCUUUUCUCAUGAAAGACCUACACGUUUCAUAGACAUAUGUGUUAACUCCAUAUUCAAUAUUCAUUUAAUUUAAAUUAAUGUUCAAAAGAUAAUUUCACCCAGACAACUUACAGAAGUUGUGUGUGCAUUUUACCUGAUUUAUAGAAAUACUUGUAUGACUAAGCUUUAUCCCAGCAUGUAUUUUUCAUCACAACCAUUACGGUACUCAGACACAACGAUUAAUUGAUUGGUGCAUAUUUUUAUUAAAAGUAGGAAGCUGAGAAUCGCUUCCAAAGCUAACAUGUUAAAUAUUAAGUUUUGUAGUCUAAUGUUACCGGGUAAUCAACGUCAAGAAAAUAAAAGAAUAAUUUGGUAUUGGAUGAGGAUGCUUCCCUAAGAUAAAUGACCAUUCGUAAGGUAUUGCUCUAGAAUUCCAUUACGGUAAAAUCUCCCUUUCUGACUGUAAGUUGAACGUUUGCAUCAUCACUCUUUCUGUCUUAACGUUAAACACGUUCAUUUGUGACAGUUUAUAGUGUCGUGUGCAAAUUCAGCUCGGCGGUAAACCAGCAAUGUAAAAUGCACUGCUUUAUCCGAUAUAAGAAAAGAAUAUUUACACAAAAAAUAUUGUAUGAUACCAAAUGUAAUGAAAUUUCAUGAAAUCAUGUCAACGAGUAAAAACUUGCGAAAGUUUAUUUUAAAGAUAUCCGAAUUAGUAUGUUCUCCUUAACACACAAUUUGAAUUUUUGUACAUAUUCAUGUAUAUUUCAUUACCUUUUUUUUUUUGCAUACCUAUAUACAUUCCUCUGAUGUUACUUGUAUUGAUACAUGAAA